UUGUAAUUGUAUGCAUUGACGAAGAGUACCAGCCACUGGCCUCUUCUUGUGACUCAGCUGGGCCGCGCUUGGAGGUGGACAUGUGCUGCUGUAGGUUAAUGUGCUCUCUUGACAUUUUUGCCGGGAAAUCUAGAAAAAUUCGGGGGGAGAGUUCCAUACUACAACAUUCAAACAUACAGACCAACAAAAUGUUUGUGCCGAGGGCAGUGAAGCAUAAACCAGCGACAAAGCCAGUGAAAUCAAGACCACAAGCUAAAGCUGAAUAUCCAGCUAACACUGCUGGGCAAACUCAACGUGACCAGGAGAGUGACUCUGUCCCAACAGAUAGCCAAGGCGGUGCUGGUCAGGAAAGUGCUGGGUCACACGUACUGAGACGUGAUGCACCAGAAACAACUGCACCUUUUAUUUCUGAAAAGGGAGCUCAAAAACUCACUGAAGAUAACACCAAGAAUGAAAUAGUACUGUUUUGCCAAAAUACUGGAAAUGGUUCAGAAUCCCCACUUUUGGUGUUGGAAGGCACAUCAAAGGAACCGGAGAAUAGAACAUCUUCAACAAGUAGUGGGGCUACUUCUCUGGAAACAGACACUGCAUGCCUUCAGCAAGCAGAUGAAACAUGUACAACAGAUUCAGUGACAGAGGCAGAGAAGGUUAAGCUAAAAGAAGACCGUAAGGGAGAAACAGAUAUUGGUGUCAGAAGUGGGAUCAGUUCACAUCUCCUACUUGACAUUGCUGAGAUUAGACGGUCUGUUGACAGGAUCAAAAGAGGUGGGGGGCUAAAGGCAGUUUGCAAAGACACCGGGGAUGAUGUCACAGAAGAUGCAACUGACACAGAGGAUGAGAAGGACGAGACAGAAGAUUCAGACUGUGAAGAUCACAAUCAGGAGGUCACUGAGGAGGGACAGGAGGAGGUCGUCUCAUACAGCAAGAACCAGAGGUGGCCAGUCAGUGAUGAGGAGCCAGUCUGUGUGAUGUGCGGGAGGUAUGGAGCCUACAUCUGCGACCAGACAGAAGCUGACGUGUGUAGCCGCGAGUGCAAGGCCAGGAACUUGGCAAGGCUUGGCCUGACAGCAGGAUUGAAUCAGCUAGCUGCUCCAGGAGAAGAUAGCCAACCAGAAAUGAGCCCUGCUGACACACCCAUGGAGGAAGAGCCAAUCGGCUACAUCUACAAGGAGCAUGAUGAGGUGUCGGACCUCACCAAGGAGCAGGUCCAAGAAAUCAGGGCUCAGGUCGAACUCUUUGUUGAAGGCGUAGAUGUACCGAGACCAAUUAUUGAAUUCUCUCACCUUGGUGCUCCAAAGAAAAUGGGGUCCAAUCUGGCCAGUGUGGGAUACAACACGCCCACGCCAGUCCAGAUGCAAGUCAUACCGGCAGCGCUCAGGUGGCGUGACAUGAUGGUGUGCGCACAGACCAGCUCUGGCAAAACUGCUGCUUUUCUUGUUCCCACCAUUCUUCAAAUCUUCAACAUCAUGUGCUUUAGAGAUAGCACAGAUGAGAAGGGACCCCUGGGGUUGAUCCUGUCACCAUCCAGAGAGCUUGCCAUGCAGAUUGAAGAGCAAGCCAAGGAACUGAUGCAAGGGCUGCCCAACAUGCGCACAGCUCUGGUUGUAGGCGGAGUGCCACUCCCCACCCAGCUGCACCGACUGAAGCAAGACAUCCAGCUUGUCAUCGCAACCCCUGGCAGAAUCUUGGACGUCCUUGGCCGAGACGGUGUGUCAUUAGCAGCCAUUAAGGUGGUUGUAAUUGAUGAGGUUGACACAAUGCUACACAAAGGCUUUCAACAGCAGGUGAUUGAGGUCAUAGACCAUCUGCCAGAGUCUCACCAAACAAUGCUGUUCUCAGCUACAAUACCGCCCUCUAUUGAGAAGAUGGCCACAUCGCUUCUUCGCAGUCCCCUGUAUAUCUCAGUUGGCAAGCCCAACACUCCAUGUACCUCUGUCAGGCAGAUUGUGAUGUGGGUUGAGGAACCAGCCAAGAAGAAGAACCUCUUUGCCAUACUGCAGGACCCCAAGCAUUACAGACCUCCACUGGUUGUAUUUGUGGACUCCAAAAUUGGCGCUGGUUUGCUAUCCUUGGCAAUUCACAAGAUGUGUGACAUACACGCUGUUUCCUUACACGGGGACAGACCCCAGAGCGAACGCACCGAGACACUUAGGGGCUUCAGGGAGGGAGAGUACCCAGUCCUGGUGUGCACAGCUGUCCUGGGUAGGGGAAUUGACCUGCCAGGGGUCAAGAUGGUGGUGAACUUUGACAUGCCAACCUCGGUGGAGGAGUACAUCCACCAGAUUGGCAGGACAGGUCGUCUGGGCAGCAGAGGCACUGCCAUCACCUUCAUCAAUAACGGGAGCAAAAAUCUAUUCUUGGAGUUUGUCAACACUCUCAGGCCCCUUGGAGUCCCACUCCCACCCCAGCUCACUAACUCCACCCACCUGAGGUACCAGCAGCUGGGGCACCAGAGCUGGAAGGAGGCAAGGCAAAGGAGGAAGGAGAGGAAAGAUGAGGAGCAUCAUGUGGCAGGUCGCUAUGGCAACGCAAGCUAUUUCAGUUACAAGAGAAGGAAACAGGAGGCAAGUGCGGUUGGAGAACUUCUGAGGAAACGCAAACACAAGAAGGGACCAAGAUGAAAAGCCAAAAAGAUUGAAGGCAAAGCAGUCAUUCUAAAUCCACCACCUAGUCUGAUGACAUUGUCCACUGAUAAUUGCCAUGUGGACAGUGCACGCCUGAAAUUUCAGUUGACUCUCGUGCACUUUGCAGCAUAAAUUCUCAAUGAGGGCCAUUAGAGUAAUAUCAUUUAUUUGACUGGUGGAUUGAGUUGAUUCGUGGAACUGAUCUGCAUAUGGAUCUUGAAUCGUGGGUUACAUUUCUUGUGUCGAUUUAAAUAUAGGGACAUACUUACUUCAACAUGUUUACGAGUCACGGGCAAAUACUAAUUUUGUUGAAAAUAAACUUUUCACACUUUUGCCACAAGUGGAGCGACAGCAUAUUAGUGCCAAUACCCCCAGUUUAAAUACCAAACGACUUUGCCUUAUUUUUAAAACCGUUCGCCAUUACAGUCCAGACCAAAUUUGACAAUUUGUCAAAGGACUCGGACAGUUUGCUUACAUCUUGUAUUAAACUUGUAGUAGAGAGAGUUUCCCCAAGUCCAGCACACUUUUGAUUGUAUGCAAAAUGUAUUUUCAGGGUCGAUGUAAGGUAAAUGUGCAGACACCUUACACAUUUUUGUAUAUUUCAGAGAGGUUUUUCCAGGUUAAAUGAUGAAUGUGACAAUUUAAUUGAAUGAAAUUUGACUCAAAAUAAAAUGAAAAACACUGUCAA